AUGGACUCUACAAUAUUUCAGAUCAUCAUCGACGAGUUUGAUCCCAAUUGCAGCCUAAUAGAUGUUUUCCAGGACCAUUUCUAUGAAACUGACUCUAUCCCUGUUGUGGAUCUCACUGGCAUUUAUUGCAAUUCAACUACCGAUCAAAUAGGAACUUGCUGGCCGCGGACAACAGCAGGGCAGCUUGUGGCGAGACCUUGCCCCGAGUUCUUCAAUGGGAUUAAGUACAAUACCACAAGAAGCGUAUACAGAGAAUGCACUGGAAAUGGAACAUGGGCCCCUCGAAUCAAUUAUUCCCACUGUGAGCCCAUCUUAGGCGAAAAGAGGAAAUACCACCUCCACUUCAAGAUUGCUCUGAUUAUCAACUAUCUGGGUCACUGCAUCUCAGUUGGAGCCCUCAUAGUCGCCUUCAUACUUUUUCUUUGCUUGAGGAGCAUCAGAUGCCUUCGGAAUAUCAUUCAUUGGAACUUGAUAACCACUUUCAUACUGAGGAACGGCAUGUGGUUCCUGCUGCAAAUGAUUGACCAUCAGAUACAUGAGAACAAUGAGCCCUGGUGCCGUCUUAUCACAACUAUCUUCAACUACUUUGUGGUGACUAAUUUCUUCUGGAUGUUUGUUGAGGGGUGCUAUCUCCAUACAGCUAUAGUGAUGACCUACUCCACAGACAAACUGCGUAAAUGGAUAUUCCUGUUCAUUGGAUGGUGUAUCCCCUGUCCCAUCAUUGUAGCCUGGGCCAUAGGCAAGUUAUAUUAUGAAAAUGAACAGUGCUGGUUUGGAAAAGCACCAGGGAAAUAUAUCGACUACAUCUAUCAGGGUCCAGUGAUACUCGUACUGCUGGUUAAUUUUGUCUUUCUCUUCAACAUUGUGAGGAUCCUGAUGACUAAACUGAGGGCAUCAACCACAUCCGAGACAAUGCAGUACAGGAAGGCAGUGAAGGCAACUUUAGUUCUGUUACCCCUUCUUGGCAUCACUUACAUGCUGUUCUUCGUCAAUCCAGGCGAAGAUGACAUCUCACAAAUUGUUUUCAUCUACUUUAAUUCAUUUCUGCAGGCCUUUCAGGGUUUUUUUGUGUCCGUGUUUUACUGCUUUCUGAAUAGUGAGGUACGUUCUGCUGCAAGGAAGAGAUGGCAUCGAUGGCAAGACAACCAUGCUCUCAGAGUACGAGUUGCACGGGCUAUGUCUAUACCAACCUCACCCACACGAAUCAGUUUUCAUAGCAUAAAACAGACAACUGGCGUCUGAAUGAGACUGAGCAAUCCUUUCUUUGUGUUUUUCACUGUUUUCCUUCAACACUGAGGUGAUUUGUUUGUUUGUGGAUUGCUGUACCCAUUUAAAAUAUGCGACAGUGAACAAGAGAAGCCGAAGAUGCAAAGCCCACCACAACAAAAUUAAAUUGUUGCUAGGAGUUAAGCAGACUGUAAUCUUCCUUCCAGCAUGCAGCACCAAAGUGGAAAAGCAGGGAGUGUGAGGCUGCACAACUGAUCCUGUGGUAACUGAAAUGUCAUUUGCAGCUCACGUAGCUCUGUCUACAGUCAAACUCUGGCAUGGGGGAAUAUCACAAUUUCAGGUCAAGAAUGAAGGCUAUCUCAAAGCUACAUCCUUUUGGCUUUCAUCUUAUAUCAUUGAGCUUGUGCACAAAUUCCUAAUUUCCUUCUCAAAAACCACCUUGAAUUGCCCGCUGGGAAUCCAUAGUAUAAGGAGACAGAAGAAAACAAAUGUUGGCUUCUGAGGUCACCAAGAAUUCUCAAGGUUCAAAACAUUAAUCCACCUUGAAAGAAGCUUUGAAGGAAUGAAGAUCUGUUCCAACCCCCGCGCCGUACAAUUAAUCCUAUCCAAGCUCUCUGCCGGAUGUGGCAAACCCCAUAUGUAAAUUGGAUAACUAAUCUGUCAAAUGACAUGCACCCAGCAGUGAAAUGCAACAAAACUCUAUCUGUGUUAUCUACAGGAAUAAAAUAAUUUUGUCUCAGAUCACUGGUCCAGAACCAGAAGAAAUUGAAAAUGGAUGGAUCAUUAGGUUCCAUGAAUCAAGAAAGAGCACACUGUGCAUCACAGAUGCAGUGCUAACUAGGACAUGUCUUGCUCAAACAGUAGAAAUGAAAGAAAACAAUUUCUAAUCUAUUUAAUGAAUUUUGUUUUGCUGAAUAGUGAAAUAUUGUGGACCAUGGUCAGUUAAUAAUCAAUUGACCCAAUUGAGUGAGUAUUUGGAAUCGAUUUAUUGAUAUUUCUGAAUGUCCCAAGACACAAGAUCAGGCCUGGAACACCCACCUAGAACCAAUUUUUACAGCUGUUGGCCUGAUCACAAUUGAGAUGAUCAUCUGAAUUGAACUGAUCCAUAAUCUGCACACUCAAUGUUGAGGCCUAUCCAGAACUAUCAAACCCUGAUUACCAGCAACUUGGAAGACGCAUGAAGAGACCACAUCAAGGGAGUUACCUCCUAGUGGCAGCUAACUAGAUAAGAAGAAUAGAAGAAUCACUUGGGAAUAAAGAUUACCUGCUGUAUAGCCAUUCCCCAAAUGAAGUGAUCAUUACUGAGCCAAUUCACACCUCAUCAAAACAUCUUGUUAUGUGAGCUUUAGUUCUUCCUUUGCAGUUUAGUGUCAUUUCCUCUUUGGAUGAUCUAAUCCCAAACAGUUAGCUAGUGCAACAUGUUAAAAGUGGCUUGCUUCAUAUAUAAUGUUAACAAUUGUAUCAAUAUUUACACUAAAAAAAGUCAGGAUAUUUAGGACGCAUUCUCUUAUAUUUAUAGUUAUUUUUCAUGAAGCAUAGAUGAAUGUUGCAAGGUUAACACUGAGUGCACUUUUGAUCACGGCGUGUUACAUGCGCCACCAUCCAUCUACACGUUACAAAUCCAAUGAUCCCCCUGGAAAUGGAAACUAAUUUAAAGGGCUGGGUGCAACUUUUUUAAACUGCAAACAAUCUUACUCUGCACCCUGACCGUGUUUAAAUUAUGAUUCAUCACCCUAUCUCGUAUUCUAACUUUGUUUCGCAGGAUUUCAAACUGCUUCAACUCAGCCAUCCCUUUCUCCACCAGUCCACAGGCAAAUCAAAAACCUAAGUUUGGGAUUUUCUGUUCUCUGCUUUUCUUGAAUUGUUUUCUCUUCCUAUCAUUUUCCAUCUUAGCCAACACUUCUCCCACAAUCAAUCCAUCAAAAACAAAUCAGUCAUUUGCUGUCUGUGGGAUCUUGUGGUGUACAAAGAGGUUUGUCUGCAUAACAUUGUCCACAGUUCAAUAGUAAUUUAUUGGGAUAACCUGAGGAAGUGACAGGGAACUAUAUAAAUGUAAGGUCCUCCUUUUCUAUCUUUCUGCUGUCUGACAUGAUAAGCCUUCACCUAGGUUUCUCAAGUAAAUAAAUACCAAUUCUGUUUGUCUGGGAAGUUAAAUCAAACGCUUUACAAUGACAGAAUGCCAUUCCAGGGGUGUGAAAAGGGGUGCAGAAUUGUCAAAGGAAGAGAACAGUUUCACUGAAUUUUUGACUUGCCUCUCCAUUCCAAAAGAAAGUAAAAGGUUAUUUUUGAUGAUGUUCUGCAUGAUGGACCUUGAGCAUUCAUCAGAUUUUCCCAAAAUAUACUGGAAAAUCACUGUAGUUAACUGAGUGCUAUAGAAACAGAAUGAAAAUUUAGAAGGCAAUCCUAUCUUCACCAGCUAAAGUCAUAAACAUAGUGUAUAGAAUUUACUGCACAAAACAGGCUAUUCAACCCAAACAGUCCAUAUGCUGUUUGUGCUCCAUUCGAGUCUACUUCCAUCCUUCAUCAUCUAAUUCUAUUCAAAA